CACCCAAUCAUCUGGACAUCUUGUAGUCUCAGUACAUGUGGAUUGUGAUUCAGCGGGUCUGGGAUGGAGCCCAGGAUUCUGCAUUUUUGGAACUGAUGACCUUGGCCAUGACACAGCCCCAGCUACUAUCUGCUCAAGGGCAGCCCGCUUGACCGUGAUCGACUGAGCCCCCACUGCUCCAGCUGUUUCUGGUCACUGUUCCCUUUACUGAAUAGUUUGAUGGGGCGCCGGGCGGAUGACAGCGGGAACAGUCGUGAUCACUGGCGGUAUCCUAGCUACCGUGAUUCUCCUGUGCAUCAUCGCUGUCCUGUGCUACUGCAGGCUCCAGUAUUACUGCUGCAAGAAAAGCACAGGAGAGGAUGCAGAGGAAGAGGAGGAGGAAGAGGAGCAUGACCUUCCCAUCCAUCCGAGAGGCCCCUCCUGCAACGCCUGCAGCUCCCAAGCCCUGGACGGCAGAGGCAGCCUGGCACCUCUCACCACCGAGCCCUGCAGCCAGCCUUGUGGGGUGGUGGCCAGCCACUGCACCACUUGUUCCCCAUACCACUCCCCUUUUUACAUACGGACAGCUGACAUGGUGCCCAAUGGGGACGGAGGCGAGAGGCUCUCCUUUGCUCCCACAUACUACAAAGAGGGAGGACCCCCAUCCCUCAAAGUGGCAGCACCCCAGAGUUACCCGGUGACCUGGCCAGGCUCGGGGCGCGAGGCCUUCACUAAUCCAAGGGCUAUUAGUACAGAUGUGUAACGGUUUCACCCCAUCCCUCACACACACCAACGCUGCCGCCCAGCAGGAACAAUGGGGCGAUGGGGGGCACUGUCCUACUGCCCCCACAGGGACUGUUUUCAUCUCUCUGUCUUUUCUUGCUCCACGGCAGAAGAUUUCCCAGGACUUGAGCUGUUGGAUGCAUCAAGGACCAGACCAAGGCCUGUGUCUGCUUGGUGGCCCAGGAAUGGGAGCCUGACAGGCUGGGUUUGCAGCUUUUGCCCUUUGCUGUGCUGGGACUCCCUUUGGACAGCCCAGCCCCACCACAACCCCGUCCUGGCCUGUGCAAAGGAGGCUCAAGGAAAGCUAAGCAAGGGCUCAGGAAGCUUCCAGAGUGCUUGGGAAAUGAAGCAGACAUGGCCAGAAGAAAUGGGAACAAAGAGCAGAGAAAGUAACGAUCAGACACACUCCAGAAUUUGAGGCGAGAGAGAGGCAUGACCCCCUCAGGCCUUGCUUGCUGAAACACAUAGAUCUAACUUACGUUCUAGAUUUUUACUUUGGUUAUCAUAGACAGUGCAGUCACUGUGGCUGCUCCAGUAGGCAUACUGAUUGCCAGACAAAUUGCAUCUGUUAUCUCUUCAUGGAACGCAUCAAACAGACUUCAAAGGACAUAGCAUAGGGCUAUUUCUGGAGACUGCACCAAGACGCUGCCGUUAACCUUGUCUCCCCACAAAUCCUUCUUUUCUUUUUGCCUUUACGAACCAGAUGCUUCCUGUUGAAGAAGCUUUUUCCCCAAAUUUUGUCACUGGAGUUCUAGAAGCUUCCCUAAAACAUCUCAACUAAACUAAAACAUAACAGGACAGGCCCUGUUCUGUUAUACUGACACGUGGACAGUGAACAUGGAUGCAGUCCUGUGAGGGUGUGCGCACACCCACACUGGUCACCACCAGCAACUAUGAGGGCUUUGCCACCUUGGGGUGGGGGUGGGGGGUUGCUGCAGACUAGAAGGAUUCAGGGGUAACAACUAGAAAGAAAAUUAAAAAAUCUAAUCCUCCAACAGCAGGAACAAAAGGUGAUUAAGGUGGCCAAUCCCCAUGGCAACCAGCAAGUGAAUGCAAGGAGGAACUUGGGAGUCUCUGGGGAGUUUAGCAGUACCCUGCCACAUAUGCACACAUGCACUUGCAUAAUCUCCUAGUGGCUGAGCUCUGCUUGAACCUUCUGCCAUCUGACUUCAUGAAGCAGGGCCACUUUGUCCCGUCAGGAGCACCAGCCCUCACUCCUGACAGUCCGAGGACUCCUAGAGAGUGGCUGUGUCGUAGUAAUUAGAUUUCAUGCUCGUUGCCCUCCCUUGGUCAUCCCACCCCCCAGUCUCAUGGCAAUGGGCCAUUUUGCUGUCUUACUCUACCCCGAGUCCAAGUCCCGCUUCCCACUUAUCACCCAGCAGUGGCCUUAUGUUUUUGGAGUAAGUAUGCCAACAAGUUUUCCAGUCACCUCUGCAGGUUAGAGGUAGUUGUCCUCCCUUGUAAGUGGGUAGUAAAUGCUACCACUCCUGAGUCACUAAAUGCUACAGAGGAUGGGGUAGGGAGAUGGGCUGUCAGGGUGCAGCUGAGCGAUCUGGAAAAGGAAGGGAACACAUCCUGUCCAGGCACCUCCCAUCUCAAAGUGGAAGUCACACAUACUGGGUUAGGAAGCAGCAGGCAGGCUCUGGCCACAUUGCGGUCACUCUUUUGCCAUAAGACCAGUCACUUAUCUGUGCUGAGACUUCGAUUUCCUCCAGGGAAACAGAGGUUCCUAGAUGUUCUCUUAAAUCCCUCUUAAUACUGCACAAAUCCUGGACAUCCUGAAAAGAUCUGCCAACCAAGGUCAUCUCCUCUUGUCUUCAUCCUGCCGUGGGCGGAGGGGGGAGCUAGAGCUGAGUGAGAAAUCCGUGGGAUUAGAAGACAAAACCAUUUUAAUUGUUGGUGAAAAACAAACAUGUUUGACUCCCUUUUGAGCAAUCACAAAUGGAAACAUCCUUCUUGAACCCGGAAGCCACGCGAGGGGAAAUGAGAUCUGUCUCCCAGCGCAGAAGAGCAGUGCAAUGGCUUUAAUGACGCACGUCCCUCCGUCAGCCCUUCCUGGGCCGCAUGUGUAACCCUGUGACCCCUUGAUAGGCUGCUGGGCCUGGUGGUACUCUGCCCAGUGCCUUGCUCUUCUGAAAUUCCACAGCCAUAGUCUUCAUCACCCAAAAUAGCAAUGCCAUCAUCAUACCUCUUGGCUUUGGAGAAAAGAGAGAAAAAAAGAAAAACAACCACCAAAACAGGACAACCCCAUUAACAGUUACCUACAAAGCACCCUUUGGCAUUGAGUGUCUCCUAUAGCUUUCUCAACCUAGAUGCUGUUAACCCACAAGUCAAAAUCUGAGUCCUGGAUGUAAGAGAGAAGGUGGCCACCCCCUUCACCUCAGCCCACAUUGCUCAGGGCACAAGCUCCAACCCAGGCUGGAGAUGGCCUGCUCGCCUAGCUAUAGCUGCAAGGGCUCCACCUUGUGGAAGAGGAAGCUCAUGCCACUCUUUUUAACUGUGGAGGCUAUAUUAUGUGGGACACUAUUUAUACACUCCAGACAGGAAGAAAAGGAAGAGGGGUCGGGAAAUGCUCCGUCCUCUCUGCCAUCUUUUUCCACCUCACUUCACUACUCCUGCUGCAUAUUUCUUGUCUUGCAUCUUUGAUAACUUGGAGUCACAACCAAGUGAAUGUCAAAAUAAAUGAAAUUUGAAAUAGA